CGUCGAGACCAGCGCCGCGCUCAUGCUUUGCCAUUCUUCCUCAAUAUAAAGUUCAACUGAGCUAUUCUUCCCCAGUCAAUGGUCUUCGGCUGUGGGCCAACAAACCUGGGAACACUCUCCUUGAAUCGAAAGCAUUGUUCGAUCUAGACAGCACCGCACUUUAGGAUAGCAGCUUCAUUAAUAACCGAUUCGCAAUCUGUGCCUGAGUUAUGGCUGCUAUUCCAAUUGUGACGCUGAUCAUUGCUUAUCAUACUUUGACGAGUGUGGUCUCGGGUUAUCAUACCCAUAAACGGAACUGUACGGGUACGGACUGUGUUAACAGGCUCCUUCAUCGCCCCAAGUUGACACUGCAGCAGCAAAAGACACUUCGCAUCGAAAUGAUCAAGGGACAGAUUCUCAGUAAACUCAGGAUGCACGCAAAGCCAAAUGUUACGAAAUCUAUACCGAGGGUAGCCUUUCAUAAAGCUUUGCAGAAACUUAAAAUGAGAGAUCCGAAAUUGCGAGGGGGCCGAGGUGCAAAUGAGGACUAUUACGCUCAGAUAUCAGAAAUUGUCAGCUUUUCGGAAGAAGCUCCACACAACGACCACAAUGCCCUGCAGUUCACGUUCAGCAAAGACGAGAUAACGCGCGGGGACCUUGACGUCACGAGUGCCCAUCUUUGGAUUCUGCUCCGCUACAAAAAGCCAAAGUUUACCAGAAGGAAACCAAGACGGGUUCUCCUAACAGUCAGCAAAAUGACGCAAGAUGGCCGCACUGGUGAGAUCGUAGCCUCCUUCCCCGUGACUUCAAAACACUCAAGGUGGCAGAAACUCACCAUUCCUGUCGAGGUGAUACAAGAAAUGUUUAAAGAAUUGAACACAAAAAUACGCUUUCUUGUUAGUUGUGCCGGUUGUGAUACGGAGGUGGAACCGGUUUUGGUGAAGAGAAAAUCGCGCCGGCCGCGAAGUCGAUCGAGGGGCCGGCGAUUCCGACCUCGGCGAAAAAACAAACUAAACAAGCGGCGGCCAUUUUUAAUCAUUCGAACGCACGUAAAGAAGUCCGCUAGACAUAAAAUCGAGAAACGACACGCAAAAUGUGAUCCGGAAUUCGACAGUUGUUGUAAACAAGAAUUAUAUGUUGAUUUUAAAGACUUAGGUUGGGACUGGAUUAUCACCCCUAGCGGUUAUAACGCACACUACUGUAAUGGCGUGUGUGGUGUAGGUUCAACGCCUGAUAUGUAUGCUACAAGACAUUCCACCAUAGUUAGUAGGAUUUUAAAAAUCAAACCUGCGGAGGAAAGACUUCAGCCAUGUUGCUCGCCGAAAUCGAUGAAACCGCUGUCUUUAUUGUAUUUUGACGAUAAGUUUGAUAUAGUCAAAGCAGAUCUGGAUGGUAUGGUCGUAAAUCAGUGCUCCUGCUCAUGAGCACAGCGAGACUAUCUGUGAUUGGUUGAACCAGCAACUCAGAAAGACAGAGUCAUGGUCGCCAUUUUUACUGUGGAGGCCGAUGUGAAUACACAUCCCUCUCAGACUAGGUCAGAGGAUGUAACGUUGUGACGUCAAGACACGUGAUUUCAUGCUAUUGAUCCCUUCGGAGGUUCUUCAUUGAAAAUCAGACUAAAUGACUCAACUAGCUCUGACGUAAUAUCAAACAAGCAUUACUUGAGAUAAGGUCUAGCACUAUUGAUUCUGGUCCGUUGUGCAACUGAUUGAGAAACAAAACAAUUUUUUGGGCAAUGUGCAUUUAUCACUGAAAACCUUGGCUUUUAGCUACAACAAUUGAGAUGUUUCAGCGAGGGUGUUGCACGUGUCAUAAUAAAUGCUACGGGGAGUGUGUCAGUCAUGUCAGUUCUACUUUAUGGUAUUCCAGGCUCUCAAUGCACACGACGUUAUCUCGUGCAAUGGCGAGCAUACAUGUCCGCCCUGUGCACCAAUGGCCUGUACAUUAAAUGGACUCUGCAUGUGGAAGUUUUUACGUAAAUACAUCGAGGUAAAUGCUCUGUGAGUAGUUCAUCGAAGCAAACUGACGGGUAAUUAUGAGAUUUUUAAUGCUAACGGGUUAAGAGAAAGACAAAUAUUUGCUAGCAUUGUGACAGAAAUAAAAGGCAUGGCCUGAGAAUGAAAUGAACAUGGUUUGUAGUAGUGUAAGUAACUUUAAUGUAGCGGGCCCUUUCUUCUCUGCAGCAAACACGCAAGCAUCUAAUUGCCAAGACUAGAAAGGCAUUCACCAAUCUGCGUAAGACACGUAUUCUAAUGUAGUCUACUUAUUACUGUAUAUCAAAGUGUUGUUCGUGCAAAAAAAAAUCUUAGUCAAAGGUUGAUCUAUUCGCCUGUGUAAAAACUGUUGUAUAUAUUUACAAUGAGUCCAAGGUGGAAUUAUUCUUUGAAGUUAACUGACCUCAUUAGCAGUUCAAAUAUAUAUUGUUCAGUUUUGAAAAUAUAUAAUGCAGGGUAGAGCUGCCGGCCUUCAAAUUAAAAUUCGACUUUGUACUCAACCUCUUUGAUAUAUACAUUAAUCUCAUUCUUGAGCUUGAAUGAAAUAUUAAACGGUGACUGUACUGUGCUAACGGAUAUUCGCCAAUAUUGACGGAAUAUCCCACAGUGUGCACAUAUGAAUUGUGUGGCACUCUCGUUAAAUGGGUAUGAUAUAAAGAAACAAUGGAUAUUGGUGACGUUUCUUAACAUCUUCUCAAUUGCGAAACACGACUUAUCCGUAAAGUUACGUUCACUGUUGGAGAGUUCCAAUCCAUCAUCAGCGUAUUCGGAUGGGCCGUGCGCGGCACAGUCAAUUCCCAGAGCGAGAGCUGAACCACAUACACCAGGCUAUAUUUGGCGAUUUAAGUGCAGCUGACAGAGGUAAAUACAAUGUAAAUCGCGUGAAUCUAGCGCGAGUUUAAAAUCAGGAAUGUAUUCAGGGUACCAUAGAUAGCGAUUUUUCAGGGAGCAUAGCACACAUUACUAAAGACGAUUUACAUACUGAUAGCAGUUCGCCAGCUACUCAUCCACGACUCUUAUUUGCAUAGGGGUAUGCAGACGUGCUUUGAAUAUAUUCCUCAAUGCAUCGGUUGUGAAAAAUCUGCAUGUAAUGUAAAUUUUGUGAUGUUUCAAAAUGAAUGCAUUUUCACUCGCGAAACAAAAAUCCUUUAUGAACCACGCAACAAUUAGCUCAUAUUUAGAAUGUCUAGAACCGAAAUAAUGUGAUGGGGGGGGGGG